CUCACUUUGGUAACAAACGAUCAACAAAGAGAGAGAGAGAGAGACAUGGCGUCUUUUGCAACCAUCGCCGCCGUACAACCCUCCGCCGCCGUGAAAGGACUCGGAGGCAGCUCUCUCGCCGGAGCUAAGCUCUUCAUCAAGCCUUGUCGUCAAAGCUUCAAACCCAAAUCCACCAGAGCUGGUGCUGUGGUGGCUAAGUAUGGAGACAAAAGUGUUUACUUUGAUUUAGAAGAUUUGGGUAACACAACAGGAGAAUGGGAUGUCUAUGGAUCUGAUGCUCCUUCUCCUUACAACCCACUUCAGAGCAAGUUCUUUGAGACAUUUGCUGCUCCUUUCACAAAGAGAGGUUUGCUUCUCAAGUUUUUGAUUCUUGGAGGAGGCUCUUUGCUUACUUAUGUCAGUGCCAACUCGACCGGAGAUGUUCUUCCGAUUAAGAGAGGUCCUCAAGAGAAGCCUAAGCUCGGUCCUCGCGGCAAGCUUUAAAUUAGCUUUCUAUGCAUAUCCUUAAGAGAAAAUGUCAGAAACUUUCAUCCCAAUUCUGUGAACACUUCUAAUGAUUUAUGUACAUUGUGUUGUUGUUAAUGCUUUGUAAGCUAUUGAUUCUGAGAAUCAGUUAUGAUGAAUCAAUGAAUUUGCAUUUCAAGUCU